AUGGGUGAUAUGAUAAAAAAUUACGGGUUUGAAACACCUGAGUAUGUUUCGAAGGAGGACUUUGAAAAUUUUAAGAUGUCCUAUCAAGUGAUUCUUGAGAGGCGAUAUGCGCUUAAACGCUUCUGCCGAAAGGGCAUUCCCGCUCAGUUCCGCCCUCAUGUUUGGAUGACCCUUUCCGGCGCUUACAAGAUGAUGAAAGAUCAUCCACAAGUCUAUGAAACCGCUUCGACUUCCCAACCACCAAAGAAGAUUCUUACAACCAUCAUGGCGGACAUUCCCAGAACAUUCCCAGAGAACGCUCACUUUUCUCAAACUCAGGGCAAAGGUGAUCUUCUUCCUGUUCUCCAGCGGAUUCUCAUUGCUUUUGCAGUCACUUUCCCCGAAAUUGGUUACUGUCAGUGCUGGGCCAUGCAACCUGUGCACACUUGA